AGCUAUGCUCCUGCUCCAAAUAAUCUUGCUCCUGUUACCCGUAAUCUGCUCCGCCGGAGACCGAAAACCACGACAUUAUGAGAUAAAUCUGGAUGAGCCACCGAGCCAACGGUGGAAUCAGGUCAUUAAGGACCAUUUGGAGUAUUUGCCAGGCGUUGUAGAAGAGACAAAAAAAUACAUUCCGAAACCGCUUCAGCCAUUCGUUUGGUGGGCCGCUUCAAAAAUCGAUCGAUAUUUUACGACGGAAAUUCAGGAGGAACUGAAAGGAAUUGCUAGUGAAUCAGGUCUACCAAUUGGGGAAAUUGUCGGGAUGAAUAUUCUUUACGAUGUGGCGGCCUUCGAUAGAAGACACAUUUUUGGCCUCGGAUGCACCUCAAUUGUUGCUCAAAACUCUGCGGGUCAAAUUAUUCACGGUCGAAACUUGGACUACGAUAUGACCGAGCUUCUGAAGAAUAUCACAAUCCACGUGGAUUUUGUUAGAAACGGGACCAUACAGUACUCCGGACUCACAUUUGCCCUGUAUAAUGGAGUACUUACAGGACAGCGGCCUGGUGAAUACAGUGUCAGCUUGAAUGCAAGGUACUCUGGCGCCUACAUCGAUAACAUUUUAAUGGAGUUCUACACGAAAUUCAAGCGACCGGUGAGCUUCUUCAUUCGGGAUGUUCUGGAGAAUCAGGCGACCUAUACAGAAGCUGUGGAUGCUUUUUCGAGAACACAUCUGUUUUCUCCUUCUUAUAUAAUUGUGGCUGGAAUCAAGAAAAAUGAAGGAGUUGUUAUUUCCAGAAACCGUUGGUCAGCUGCAAAUGUGUACCCUCUAAACGUAGACGCCAAUCAAUGGUUCCUCGUGGAAACCAACUUUGAUAACUGGAAAAAGCAAGGCGAUGACCGAAGAAUCACUGCAAUUCAGAAGCUUAAAGAGCUCGGAAGACGGAAUUUCGAUGAAAAGUCAAUGGUUGAAGUGUUGUCGACUGUGCCUGUCAGGAAUAAUUUGACCGUUUUUAGUACUGUAAUGGUGCCGGGCUUGCCGGAUUCCGCGGAUUAUUUCAGACAGAGCACGUGGAUUUUGCCCUGAAAGUUUUUAUGCUCAAAUCUACCUAUAGUCUACCUUUUUCAAUAGUUUUAAAAAUGUAAAGUUCCGACCAAUCAGCGCGGUGCGAAACGCUGAUUGGCCAGAGGUUUUAUUGAUUUUUUUCCACGAAUUUAUUAUUGUUUGUGGUAUUUCAGCAUCCCAGCACCCCGCAUAACAACGCUGCCUCUUCUCUCUUUUUCAAGCUAACUUAAAUACACAGCACUUUUUGGGAGUUUCGCAAACGCGCUCCAUUGGACAACUUUUCGGCGGAUGUUCAAAUUCGAAUUUUCAGAUUUUCCUGUAUCAGCUCACAUCUACAGUCAUUCCAAAAAACUCAUUUUCAGAAAAUUUGGACAAAAUUCUCAAGAUUAUUUUUUUUUAUAUAUUCAGUUGAGAACGUUCUAAUAAAUAAAAGUGUUUAUUACAUUA